AUGGCAAACAACCAAACUUUUUUACUUGCAACAGAAACCUUAUAUGAAACCUCUUCUUCCUCAAGUAACUCAAGUAGUUCAAGUGAUGAGGAAAUCAAAAUUUUAACUAGAAAAAAAUUUUAUAGUGUAGUAUUACAAGCAGUUUGUGAUUCACAAUACAAAUUCAUGAAUAUUUAUUGUGGAUGGGCAGGUGCAACUCAUGAUUCUCGUGAUAGUGAUUAUGCUAAUAAUGAUUGGCUUUUAGUACCUUAUAAAGAUAAUGGACAUUUAACUCAAGUUCAAAAUCAUUACAAUUAUAUAGAUUCUGCAACAAGAAUCAAAAUUGAACAAGCUUUUGGAUUACUUAAUUGGAUUGGAGAGUGUUGCAAAAUCCAAUAG